AUAGGAUUGAAAAACUUCCAAAAAAGGAAUAUCUUCAAUUUACAAGGGGGAAAAAAAGAAACUAAGCAUCAAGGGCAACGAGGGGGUAUAACAAUGGCAGACUGAGAUGAUGACGGUGUGAAAGCAGAACUGUGUUUUUAAGAGAGGAGGUUCCACUUUUUUAAAAAAUUUAAAAAAGGACUCCAGUUAUGCAUUCCUUGUAGUCUUCUUCUUCAAGAAGCUGUGGAAGGAGGCGGAAAACGGAAAGAAAAAGAAAGAAAGAAAGAAAGAAAAGAAGUAAAAGAAAAAGAAAGAAAAGAAAAGAAAGAAAGAAAGAAAGAAAGAAAGAAAGAAAGAAAGAAAGAAAAGAACUUGUGGACGGGGGGAAAGGGAACAAUAUAUGGUCCUCUCACAGAUAUCUUCCUCUUUCAAGGCUAGGAGGGACUCUGCUGCCACCGGAAUGUCACCUAGCUAUUGCGGACAGCGGCAUAUGGUCCUUUCGUAUUACGAGCAUCGACGGCUGAUAAUGCUCAGCCACUUGCAUGUAAUGGAUGCGAAGAGGAAUCCCGACAACAUAAUGGUGGUGUUGAAGUACUUCUUGCUUCUCGUGCUUCUGAUGAGUCAUGCGCUUUCAGCUACCUUGGCAAGUCAGAGCUGUCCUGGACCAGAUUCGUCGUAUUUGCUUGAAGAAGGCGCCAGCUUUGGUGGGGUGGGUUGGACUUCACAGCAAUUGACAGUCCUUGCCGACGGCCUUGUAGUUGAGGCUGAUCGCUUGCAAGAACAGAUUGAUCAUCUUUCACUUAUCUCCGUCUCUGCUGCUCCUGCGGUUACUCGUGUCCUCUUUACUUCCGAGGAUGUGGCGGCUCGACAGUUCAUUCGUUCUCUGAUGGAAUCCAUCAACCUAACCGUCCGAGAAGAUGCGAUAGGGAAUAUGUUCGGUCGUUGGAAGGGCAUUGAUGAAAAUCUGCCUCCCGUAGCAACAGGAUCGCACACGGAUGCGAUACCGCUCUCGGGAAAGUAUGAUGGAGUGGUCGGUGUCCUGGGAGGAUUGGAAGCUGUUGCUGCACUGAAGAGGGCAGGGUUUGUACCAAGGAGGUCCAUUGACAUCAUUAUGUUCACAUCGGAGGAACCUACUCGCUUCGGAAUAGGUUGCUUGGGGAGCCGGGUUAUGUCCAAUCACCCAGACAUUCGCAGGUUCCUUGAGUCUGUGAAGGACGACCAAGGGAACACCUUCGACGAGGCCGCUGCCCGUGCAGGGUAUCCUUCGAGCAUGGCCCAGCUCGACGAGGUCGUCUUACGACCUGGCACUUAUGCUGCAUUUGUCGAGCUGCACAUUGAGCAGGGACCACUGCUGGAAGCCGAAGGAAUUCCGAUUGGUGUGGUGACAGCGAUCGCUGCACCGGCCAGUCUCAAGGUUGAAUUCUUUGGGGAUGGGGGCCACGCUGGAACGGUUCUGAUGCCAGAAAGGCAGGAUGCUGGUUUGGGAGCUGCCGAGUUAGCGCUUGCGGUCGAAUCGGCAGUGCUUGAGACAAAAUCCAUUGAUACGGUGGGGACAACAGGGGUCCUUGAGAUUUUUCCUGGAGCCAUCAACAGCAUUCCUAGAAAAGCGCAUGUGGAGAUUGAUGUGCGGGAUAUCGACGGAGCUCGCCGAGACCGAGUGCUGGACAGAAUCAAGCAAUCAGUUGAGGAGAUUGCUCAUCGACGAAAGCUUCGACACAAAAUCAAGUUGGUGAACAAGGACCCCCCUGCCCUAUGCUCCAAGAAGAUAGUGGACUCGGUGAUGUCCGCUGCACGGACUCUUCAAUUGCAACACAAGUUGAUGGUGAGCCGUGCCUAUCAUGACUCGCUUUUCAUGGCACAGAUUGUUCCUACAGGUAUGAUUUUCAUUCCUUGUGCAGGAGGAAUCAGCCAUCGACCCAAUGAAUUUGCGUCGAAGGAGAGUAUAGCCACAGGCGUCAAAACCCUCGCUCUGUCCCUUGCACAACUGUCUACAGAUGACAUCAGCGGAUUGUGAUCACCAUCGUAUCGGUGCUGUCUACUCUUUUCCAACUUGCUGGUCUUUGAAGUCAUGCAUUUCAAGACGACAUUCGUCUGUUCGUUUUAGAUGGAGGCGACCAAUGGACAUCACGAGGUAGUGCACAACAGUUGAAAUGACUCCCCACUGGAUUGAUGGAUGCCAUUUAAAAGUGAGAGAGAGAGAGAGAGAGAGUCAACUUGACAUCCAUCUCCUGUCGAAGAGAGAAAUGCAAGCCCAGCACAGACAGACAGACAACACAGCCCAUGUGGUUGAAUGGUAAGCACAUGUGGCUGUUAGUAAACAGAUCAGGAGAUUGAGUCCCUCAUGUAGCCAGAUGGAUACAAUAGUUAGUAGGAGCUGGCCCCUUCAUCUCACAACAAAAAGGAGAGACAGAGAUGGACAGACAGACAGACAGGUAAGACAGGCAGACAGAGAAAGAAAGACGGAAAAAGAAAAGAAAGAAAGUAAAUGUGUAUGGACAUUUGUAAUCUAGAUGUCAAAGUCAAAGAUAUCAUCGCAAGCUCAACAGUGAAACAAACAAAGUUAAACCGUUAGUAAAUGAGACCCGCCCUU